AUGGAUUCAAAACUUAUAGGCAGAAAUAUCCUUGUGAUGGUUGAACAAAACGAGCAACUAACCAUUUCUACAUUCAUCGCAUUCAUUAGACAAGAGUUCGGAUACACCAUUACAUAUCAUAAUGCAUGGCUAGCAAAACAAUUGGCCCUUGAGAAGGAUUCAAACUAUUCUUACACUGGACAAGUUGAACCAAUUCCAAACAAGGUCAUAUUCCAUCGAUUUUUUUGGUCAUUUAAGGCAUACAUUGAUGUGUUUGCAUGUUGUAAACCCAUUGUGCAAAUCGAUGGAACAUGGCUAUAUGGAAGAUACAAAGGGACACUAUUAAUUGCAGUUGCACAAGAUGGGGCUAACAACAUAUUUCCAUUGGCAUUUGCCAUUGUCGAGGGUGAGACAGUAGAUGGUUGA